AAAUUCGGGGGCCGGCUGACGGUAACGGGGCUGAGAGGCUGUUCACUGAGCAAGUUGAAGAUGAAUGCCAGAGGACUUGGAUCUCAGCUAAAGGACAGUAUUCCAGUUACUGAACUUUCAGCAAGUGGACCUUUUGAAAGUCAUGAUCUUCUUCGAAAAGGCCUGCCUUGUGUGAAAAAUGAACUUUUGCCUAGUCAUCCUCUUGAAUUAUCAGAAAAAAAUUUCCAGCUCAACCAAGAUAAAAUGAAUUUUUCCACACUGAGAAACAUCCAGGGUCUGUUUGCUCCACUCAAAUUACAAAUGGAAUUCAAGGCAGUGCAGCAGGUUCAGCGUCUUCCAUUCCUUCCAAACUCAAACCUUUCACUGGAUAUUUUGAGGGGUAAUGAUGAGACUAUUGGAUUUGAAGAUAUUCUUAAUGACCCGUCACAAAGUGAACUAAUGGGAGAGCCACACUUGAUGGUGGAAUAUAAACUGGGUUUACUGUAAUCUCUUGUGCUGUGCAUGAAAAUAGAGGGGCUGCAUCUUGUUUAUAGUCCUCUUUUUACUAUAAUUUGAUGUACACGACAUUAAAAGUACUGACAUCUGAGAAAAAAAAAAAAA